AUGAAAAAUGUGGUUAUUGUAGGGCAAGGUCCAGCUUCAUACAUGUGUGGAAUAUACAUCCACACUGCGAAUUUGUCUCCAAUGAUAAUCAAAGAUAGUAUACAACAAGCUCAAUCCUUCAUUGGGUUUGAUAAGGUUGCUGGUGUUGAUGGAGUCGGUGCUCCAGAUGAGUUUACUAAUCUGCUUGAAAAACAAGCAAGAAAUAUGGGAAUAGAUGUUGUGAAUGAUUCAAUCACCUGUAUAUCAAGGGCAAAUGACGUAUUCACAGUAGUCACAAGCAAUGCUUCAUACAAAUCAAAAUCUUUGGUAAUCGACAGUGCUUGCCUGGAGAAAAAAUACAGAGCUGCCUUAGGUGAAACAGGUGUAUUUUAUACCAGUGACAAAAUUACACACAAUGAAGCAAUCAUCAUGGCUGGCGCUGGCUGCAAGGUCUCGUUUGAUGUAAAAGAAUUCAUUGAGGCAGAUACAAGCAAGUAA